GAUCCCUCCUCCCCUUGAGCCUGUUUGAGUCUGCGUGCUGAUGGGACUGUAUUUGUAUGAGUAUCACGGACACACAGACGAGUGUUACGGUUAAUGACAUUUCUCAAUCGAGUAAACGCGCGUAAAUGCCUGGUAAGCGCAAUUUGGAUCGACAACUCAAUGACAUAAUCGAUAAUCAAUGUGUCACAAUCAUAUUUGUGCAGCGGCAGCCAGCACCCGUUAACAAGCAAGCCAUCGAGAUUUGCCUAUAGCAUGCAUUGAAUAAAAUUUCUUUCGCUUUCGUCAGCGGUCACGCCAAAUGACACCUGUCAAAACGCCAGAAAUGCCACGCAAAAUACUGCGGUUGCACUGAAUUCGCUAAAUCCUUCUGAAAAGGACGGGCUUGCCUGUCUCCGCUGUCCACGCCAAGACAAUCGAAUCCUAGUAAGUCCUCAAUACCCCCUUAUUAUCUGAGUCCCCCCCCCCCCUUGCACACUCUUCUGAAACACGUAGUAAACCUAAGAAGACCUUGUCUCCUGACAGCACGCCAAUUCAGACUGCAAGCAAAAACUCACAAGCGAAGACGCAUAGCCACUUUAGUCACCUGGUUUUGGAAUGUCGAGUGACCAUGCAAUAAUGAUACCACGUCGUUGUCCCACAACCGAUGUUUUAUCAAGGCCCUUUUCUUCGACUCACGACCUAAUACCCAAUUGACAUGCACUAUUACCACAUCCUUCCGCUCCUCCCGUGUCAGAGACUCAGAGGGACGUCCGCGUCGCGUCUUCAAAAACACAGGACCUGCGGAACACGAAAGUAUCCCAAAGACUGUUUCGAAAGACUCCUAACCUGAUGGAAAAAAUGCCGGAGAGAGACUUGCGAUAGACACGCUGUUUCUCAGGUUUUUAACGGCUUCCUUCAGAUAUGGAUUAUUGUAAGUAAUGUUGCGUCUUGUCUCCCUGUGCAUCAGCUGCUCCCACUGAUUGAGCAGAGAAAGCGCCCCCUCUGUUGGCCGAAACAACAUCAGACACGAACAGAAAUUAACCACGUCGAUCUGGAGGGCGACGUCGAAUCGCCUGGAUGGCAUAUACUCCAGCGCGUUCCUCAGCCACACCAUGUCAACAUCGUUGUACAGGACUGUGUAGCCUCUUUGGAGAAUCUCGCGGACGAAGAAUGGCCUCGUCAUGACAAGAGCCCCGAACGACUCCGUGUUGAAUAUUGUGGCAGCCGCAGAGACACGCACCUCCUUCGGCGCGCGGACCACAUUGUUGGGAAGGCUUUGAGACAGAAGAUCGAAGCAUCCGUCGUCGAGGCAAACGAUCAGGAAACUGCUAGCGCCUUGCCUCUGGAGGCUCUUUGCCCAGUUGAUGGCGAAAUCGACCUGCAAAGCAGAGGCCCCAGGUGGAUGUCAAGACACUGAGACAAGUAAGUGUGAAUGGCUAACCAUGCCGUUGUUGACGGUCGUCAUGACGAUUGUGCCAUCAGCAUUAGCAACCGAAGAUAGCAGGUCAGAGGAAAGCCACCCAGUUGAGGCCGGCAUUGUCGUGCCGCUUCUCUUUUCACCAAUUUCCCGUCCCUCUAGGUGACGUACUUGCGCCGAGCACGAGUCAAGUGCAUCUGCGUGCCGGCACCACAUCCAGCAGUCGUUGCCCCCUUCUUUCCCCUUGCGCAGCACGACACCCCACAUCGGACCGAAGAGGCCCUCUGGGGAGCAGUCCGGCUGCUGCAUCACAGGGAUGACGUCGUGGAUGUCGACGAGCUGACUGCACUGGAAGAGCCUCAAGAAGGCCGCAACGGCCUCCGUCCUGUUGGGUGGCAGCUUGACGGCAGAAGAAGAGCCGAACGGGCGGUAGGUGCCGCUGGGCAGGAGGAAGGCAGCGUAGCCGUUGGGACGCAGGACCCUCUCCACCUCUGUCAAAAAGACACGCACACACGCACAAACGCAAAAAUGAAGGCGAUUGAAGGGUGACUCACCGGCAGCGUAGUGGAAUGUACAGUCUAUGCGGUUGAAGACCUUGGCAAAGACAAAGUCGAAGGAGUCGUCUUUGAAGGGCAAGUCGUGCAAAUCGCCCCUGACCACCAGUGGAGGCCUCUCCACCAGAUCGACACCAAUGGCGUACCGCACGCCGGCUUGGUACAAUGCCCGCACCUCUUCCCCUGUUGACGCGCCAAUGCUGAGGGCAUGCGAGUCGCGCGUGAUGUAGCCGGCAGACCAAUAGCGAUCAAACAAUCGCACAUGCAUGUACCUACACCAACCACAGAAGUCAACACCUCGAGACAAAGAAGCGGCGUGCAUACCUUAUCCACUCGAGCAUAUCGACGGAGAGCUGUCCUGAAACGUCUUGCCCAUCUGAAGCGCUUCUUCUGAUGUAGGCGCCGUUCUCCUGUGUUGCGACGGAUUCAUUGUACGCCCUUCCAUUCGCGAACGAACUGGCGUGGCUGCUGAGGGCAGACUGACACGUUUCCGUUGUAUUUCGCGCUGCUUCCCGGCCGAUGCUCUGCCGUUGGUUCAGUGGGAGGGAAUCCAUGAUAAAGCAGCUGUCAUUGGCGACACUGGGGCGCACGAGACGCUGAGCAACAAAGGAAGGCGUUUCUUGUGGACUCGUCUUUCGCUUGUCCGCCGUCCAUAUGUUUAAGCACUCGUCGGCCGCAUCGUCGAGGUCGUGCGAAGCUGACAUAUUCCUAAGGAGAGGCGAGCCAUUGGUGCGAUGCUCUAAUCUGCUAUAUCCCCAGCUGACCUUUGGGCAAAGUCAGUAUGGAGAAUAUCAAGGAGGUCCAGCACGGGCCACUCUGAGACAAACAAGACAUGCCAGCCGGCCAGCCAAGGCAGCAACAGCUAGCUCACCUGUGCUCAGUAAGGUCCGCAGAGGGAUCUGCCUGAUGAUGUCUCUCAACGGAUCCACGAGAAUAUCUCUCCUGUCGACAUUUUGAAUCAUGGCUGCCGAGAUGAGGGCCAGCGGGCACUUGUUGAAAUAGCGAGAGGCGUCUUCGAGAAAGAGAGACACACUCUGCCUUUGAGCAACCAGAUCCUCUGUGGGCCUCCGUGUACCUUUGGGGACCUCUUGGAGGAGUCGAGCCGCCUCAUUUGCGCGCUCUUGCAGAAGGGCCGCUGGCGGCUGGCCACCAUUGAUUUGCUCUUGCCAUGUGCUUACCAGUUCCAUGAGAGAGCCGUGGAACGCUCGGAGUGCUGAAAAGUGGUGAAAGAGAGGACAGUCAUACGAGUCAAGAUCAGGAAGGCCCUCUUUCAACAGAGCAAGCAUCCUUAACAAGAGAAAGAAUACAAAUGAGGGAAGACAUCUGGCCCUCUGCGCUGACCUGAGAAUCGGCCAUGUUGUAUUGAGUAUGUGGGAAGCGAGACCCAACUUGUCGUACAUCUCGUCGAGCUCAGCCAGGGUGUGGGACAUGUACUGCUCGAGGGACGCGAUGACAGCGUCAUUCUGGGGCGGAUGGACGGCAAAGAACAGGCGUGCCACGAAGACAACCACAUAGCUGUCGGGUUCCCGUGACAGCGAGUUCCAGUCUGUUGACUCGACUUGCCGCAAAAUCUUCGCACUUUCUCUUGCUGCGCAUCGAAGGGACAGUUCUGUGUCAGCGAAAUCAACAGCCUCUGAUCGGAUGUCAGCCUGAUGACGGGCUCUACUGUGUUCCGGUCGCGAGGCUCGGUUGGGAAACAGCAGCUGGAGAUGAUCGUGGAGGAGUGAAACACGGAGAGAUUGGUUGGCGCAUGACGCCAGGGCUGCAGUGACGAGGACCACUCCGAGUUUGGCAUACAUCAUCUACAUCAUCUAAGCAAAC